AUGAGUACCCAACAUUGUGUGACACUUGUUGUCUGGGAUAAUAACCCAUGCGACAGUUCACCGUGUAAACAUAAUGGAACCUGUGAUCGUCAAGGAUAUAAGGACAACUAUAAAUGCGCAUGCGUACCAGGUUUCACGGGACACGACUGCAAAAUAGACAUUGACGAGUGUGCUAGCAGCCCAUGCCAACAUAAUGGGACGUGCUCUGACCAAGUUAAUGAGUUCUUCUGUGGAUGUGUUGCUGGAUACACCGGCUUCAACUGUGGAAUAGAUAUUGACGAGUGUGCUAGCAGCCCAUGCCAACACAACGGUACCUGCUUUGAUCUAGUUAACGAGUUCUUCUGUCUAUGUCUGGAUGGAUACACCGGCUUUGACUGUGGGAUAGACAUUAACGAGUGUGCUAGCAGCCCAUGUCAACACAAUGGGACCUGCAUUGACCUAGUUAACGAGUUCUUCUGUGGAUGCCUUGAUGGAUACACAGGCUUUGAAUGUGGAAUAGAGAUGAACGAGUGCGCUAGCAGCCCAUGCCAUCACAAUGGAACCUGCUAUGACCUAGUUAACAAUUUCUCUUGUGGAUGUCUGGAUGGCUACACCGGCUAUGACUGUGAAAUAGAUAUUAACGAGUGUGCUAGCAGCCCAUGCAAACACAACGGGACCUGCUUUGACCUAGUUAACGAAUUCGUCUGUGGAUGUCCGGAUGGAUACACCGGCUUUGACUGUGGAAUAGACAUUAACGAGUGUGCUAGCAGCCCAUGUCAACAUAAUGGGACCUGCUUUGACCAAGUAAACGAGUUCUUCUGUGGAUGCCCUGAUGGAUACACUGAUCUUGACUGUGGAAUAGACAUUAACGAGUGUGCUAGCAUACCCUGCCAACACAACGGGACCUGCUACGACCUAGUUAACGAGUUCGUCUGUGGAUGUAGUGAUGGAUACACCGGUUUUGACUGUGGUUUAGAUAUAAACGAGUGUGCCAGCAGCCCAUGUAAACACAACGGGACCUGCUAUGACCUAGUUAAUGAGUUCGUCUGUAGAUGUAGUGAUGGAUACACCGGUUUUGACUGUGGAAUAGAUAUUAACGAGUGUGCUAGCAGCCCGUGUCAAAACAAUGGGACCUGCGUUGAUCUAGUUAACGAAUUCGUCUGUGGAUGCCCUGAUGGAUACACUGACCUUGACUGUGGAAUAGACAUUAACGAGUGUGCCAGCAGCCCAUGCCAACACAAUGGGACCUGCUUUGACCAAGUGAACGAGUUCUUCUGUGGAUGCCUGGAUGGAUACACUGACCAUGACUGUGGAAUCGACAUAAACGAGUGUGCUAGCAGCCCCUGCCAACACAAUGGGACAUGCUUUGACCUAGUUAACGAGUUCUUCUGCGGAUGUCAUAAUGGAUACACCGGCUUUGACUGUGGAAUAGAUAUUAACGAGUGUGAUAGCAGCCCAUGUCAACACAACGGGACCUGCUUUGACCUAGUAAACCAGUUCGCCUGUGGAUGUCUGGAUGGAUACACCGGUUUUGACUGUGGAAUAGACAUUAACGAGUGCGCUAGCAGCCCAUGCCAACACAAUGGGACCUGCCUUGACCUAGUUAACGAUUUCUUCUGUGGAUGCCCUGAUGGAUACUCUGGCCUUGACUGUGGAAUAGAUAUUAAUGAAUGUAAGGCUCAGCCUUGUAAGCAUGGCGGGACAUGUGUUGAUCUGGUCGGAACUUCCGUUUGCCAGUGCACACCAUGGUUCACUGGUAACAUUUGCCAAACAGGCGUUGACACAUGCGAAUCCCUGCCGUGUGUAAACGACGGGCACUGCCUCUUUAACGAGUCGAGUGGAUACAUUUGCGAGUGUCAAGAUGGGUGGGUUGGCAGACAAUGUGGCCAUAGGCUAGAGAACAAAACGUUUUUCAAGGGUGAUAAAACUGGAAUGACGGACGAAUACCUUCACUACUCCGACUGUGAUUGUGUACUUGGUUCCGGUCGUCAAGACUACUGCUAUAUGUACACUCUUAACAAGCACUCUGGAUUUGUAGUUCUUGCCGUCCUGCUUGGAAUCCUGUCAUCGAUGAUUUUGUAUUUUCUAUUUUACUGCGCUUUAAACAAAUCCCUACCUUGUUUUUAUAACCGAAUAUCACAAGCAUGGGAUCACGAAGAAAAAGAUGACUUACCUCAUACACUCGAAGAAGAAAAAGUAGAAAAAGAAAAUGAAGUGUGUGAUACACACUUGGAGAAAAAUAAAGAAGUGAAAGUAUCUCCUCUAGAAAAGCUGGACGCACCUAAAAAGCGCAAACAUCACUGUUGGGCUUGCGAAGUUAAAUACAACAAUGCACCUGUCCCACUGUGGUACAGGAAGGACUUUAAGAAAUAUUGA